CUCGCGAUAAUACCACAUCUCAUUCGAGCUAAACUGGAGGGAUUUCUGUGAGUAUCUGCAGCUAGCACGCUAGCAGAUAACUUACCUCUAAGUAACCUAACCUCUUCACAAACAACUCUGAGUGACUCUCAAAAUGGAUUUAGAAGACGACACCACAGUGUUGACAACCUUGAAGUCCUUCAAUUCCUUCAUCAGCCGCACUGAACCUCCACAGCGGCUGUCAGAGCACCCAGCAGGGAGUGGAGUCCUGCAGAGUCAGUACAAACGCAGCAUGGAGUUGUUGGAGGCAGCAGAGAGGGUUCACUCCAAGAAUCGCUACCUUCAGCUGGACCAGGAGAAGAAGCAGAUGGAGCUGAGUCACAAGCGAGCUCGAUUUGAACUGGAGAAGGCUGCUUCAGACAGCGCACGAGACUUGGAGCACGAGGUCGACCGGAACCAGGAUCUCUUGGGGAGAAUAAAAAAGUUGGAGGAGAGAGAAACUGAGGCAGCUAAGAACCUAUCCGAGCAGGUGGAGGCAAAUCGUGCACUCCGAAAGAACUUGGAGAGCCUGAACAGGAAACUGGAGGAACGAGAUACUCGAUUGAACACGGCUAACCAGACCAUCAGUUCGUUGAAGGAUGAGAUCAGAGAACUGAAGCAGAAGAAUCUAAACCAAGACUCGACAAUUUCUUCUCAGACCCUGGAGAACCAAGAACUGCAGGAACAGUUAGAUUUACAGCGCAGGAAGUAUCAGGAAAUCUCUCAGCUUUGCCAAAGUCUCCAAGAUGCCCAGUCGUCCAGCUCAGAGCACAUCAUCAAGAUUAAGGAGUUGGAGAGGCGUCUCGCCUUCCAGGAGCAAGACAUCGCCAUUGUUAAGACUGUUAAGUCAGAAGUGGCCAAGGUUCCAGACCUGGAAAAGGAGUUGAAGCGCCUCAGAGAUGAUAAUGCCUUUCUCAGGGAGAGCAGGGAGAAUUGCAGCCUGUUGAAAGAGGAGGUGGAGGGGCUGAGGAAGAAGCUGGAGAGGAUGGAGAAAACUAAAGAAGAGCUCGUCAACAUGGAACUGGAGAAGGAGAGGUUGGCAGAGAAGCUCCAAGCAUGGGAAAACCUGGGGCAAUCGACUGGACUCAACAUAAGGAAACCAGAGGAUCUGUCCAGGGAGGUGAUUCAGAUCCAGCAGAGAGAAAUUGCUCUGAAAGAGCAGAACUACACACUCAACAGCCGUAUGAGGAGUGUGGAGCGUUCACAGUCUGAGCUCCGUGCAGAGUUGACCCAGCAGCGCAGCAAGACUCUGGAGGAGCAGAAGAAGAGGGAGACACAGGAUGCUCUUGUCCGUCGACUACAGAAGAGAGUGCUGUUAUUAACCAAGGAGCGUGAUGGAAUGCGUGCCAUACUGGAGUCCUAUGACAGCGAGCUGGCACCUACUGAGUACUCUCCCCAACUCAGCAAACGGCUCAGGGAGGCAGAGGACGUGCUGCAGAAGACACAGAACCACAAUGCAGAGAUGGAGGGCCAGCUGACCAAAGCACAGGAAGAGACAGGGAGUCUGAAACUGCAGCUGCAAACAGUGGAGCUGGAGCUGGAGUCUUUAAAGAAGCAGCAGGCAUCUGCUGCUGACAGCAACUCUUCAGUGACCAAAGAAGAGGUCAGCAUACUCAGACAGAAAAUUGAAGAUUUAGAGGCAGAACGGCAGCGUUUGGAGGAGCAGAACAACAUUCUGGAGAUGAGACUGGAGAGACACAACCUACAGGGAGACUAUGAUCCAGUCAAAACCCGAGUUCUCCACCUCAAAAUGAACCCUACCACUGUUGCCAAGCAACAGCGCCAGCAGGAUGUUGAGGCUCUUCGGGAGGAAGUGACACGUCUCAGGGAACUCGUGCGUUCAUUGCAGGACGGAGGCACUACGGUCCAUUCACAAGACGACUCCAGUAUGCACGCCUCUAGCCUCGGCCUCAGUUUGCCGCCAUCGAAGGAGGUGCUGGAUUUGCGUAAGCAGAUGGAGAGCUCAGAGCUCAGGAACCAGAGGCUGAAGGAAGUGUUUCAGAGGAAAAUUCAGGAGUUCCGCACAGUCUGCUAUGUCCUGACCGGUUAUCAGAUCGAUAUCACCACUGAGAACCAAUACAGGCUCACCUCAGUCUAUGCAGAGCACAUGGACGACUCCUUGCUCUUCAAAAAGGGCUCCAAUGGAAGCAUGCAGCUCAUGGAGACAGAGUUCUCCAAAACUCUGGCAGAGAUGGUGGCCCUUCACCUGCACCACCAGAAGAGCAUCCCAGCAUUCCUCUCCGCUGUGACUCUGGACCUCUUCAGCCGACAAACCACAUUCUGAAGUAACUUGACACCAACUCAGACGUAGUGCUGAACAUUUAAGAUGGGAUUUUCUUUUAAUUUCCUGUGUCUUUUACUUUCUUUCUUGUUUUGUUUUUCUUUAUCUCGCAUUUGAUAUUCACAGAGUGCUCUCUGAACAGCUCUGACAUGUGAAUAGUGAAGUCAGUGCUGUGUUGUGGAGGAUGAACACCUUGUUUGAUGAAAUACUUCCAUCUUGUAUUCAGAAAGGCUAAGGAAGCAGCUCGGUAUCCGUAUUUGUACGCUGAAUAUUUCAUCAAUGAAGCUCUGAGAAAUGCUUUUUUUCUUAACAGGACUAAGUCGUCAUGAAAAUGACACACAGAAGCCACCGACUUUUGGAUUUGGAGUGGGGUUUUUUUACAGAAAGGUUUUGAAGUACAUUACCCCUCUUAAGUAAAAUACACACGAUGUGGAGAAACAUUUUUGUGGUUCUCUGGAUCUGCAGUAAAUGUGUUUUGCGUGGCCUUUACCAAGGCUGCGUCUUUGUUGACUCCCUUUUAUUCUGCCUUUUGUGUGAUCUUUCUUGCUGCCUUAUACAAAAGGUUUUACACAUGUGAUUUGUGUUUACAACUAGUCAGAGCCAAUCCAAAGAUAGUGUCAAAGAAAUCCAGUUAAAUACAAGACAUGUGGAUUCUAUCAGACUGUCUCUUUCUCCUCAUUUGUGUCCUGCUAUAUAUCAAAAUUAAACCCCAUCACCAGGAUAAAUGUUGGCAUUGUAUGUGACUUCCAGCCACGGAAAUGUACCAUUUGUAUGUUAUCAUGUAGCCAAUAUGUUGAAUCAUAACAUUUCUUUGUGUGGUCAUGUUUAUGCACAAAAUCCGCUUGGCUCUGGUUACUCAUGGCUGGAAACGUAGCAAUGACUCACUAAAAAACAACCAGUGUUGUUGUUUGUUGGUUUGUAACAGUGACCCGCAGCGGUCUGCAGCUUGGCAGCCGUCUCACCUAGGUAUCACGCUGUCAGCCAUCCCCUCCACCUCCUGAUGACGAAGUGAGUUCAUAAACAUGUAAUCAGAACCACAUCACCUUAGAAACAUUGAUAUGAUGCAUAUGAAACAAACAAAUGCAACAUAGCUGUGGUCUGCAAAAACAUACAAUGCAAAAUCUGAAGCUAGUUUUCAUCAGAGUCUAACUGAUUAAGGAAGUACAUGCAGAUUCUUUGUUGUUAAUGUAUUUUAUUCUUUUAAUUCAUUAGUAUGUGCUUAAAUAUAGAUAAGUUCAAACUAAAGUUUCCUGAACUCGGUCUCUGUGGUCUUUUUUUAUUAGAAGAGGUAAAAAGGGAGGAAAUAAAAUGUUAGAUGAAAACAGAGAUAAGAGCCAACCUUGCCUUUAUACUACAUUUAAAAUAUGUGCUGAGGUUUGACCAUGAGAAAAAAAUUCAAUAUUUGAUCUGUAAUAACCUCACUAAAUUCAGAGUUCACAGUGUAGCACAACAAAAAGUAGAACGCACAGAGUCUGUGAGUGUGUCUCCUGGAUCUGUUGCAGUAAGUUCAUCAAUUGUUGUUUUCGUCAUUAAACUGAAGCAUUCAUUAUGACACCAAACCUUUUGAGAACUAAAUGUCAUUUCAAAUAUUACAUAUAGCGGUCAUACCCUCUCCCUUUUUAAAAAAAAAAAAAAUGCAGCAGAUUUAUUCUAACAUGACUGCAACAACAAAAAAAAUCACUUGCCACUGGUGAGGCAGUGAAGGCAGAGCGAAUGAAUCAAAUCACAUCUGUUUUACAAUUUAAUGUUAGUUUAAAAUUAGAUUGCAUGGGUGCCAUUUGAAAUAAUUUGAACAAAUUACAUUUUUGUUCUCAUUCGUUUUAACCCUGAAAGGAAAAAAAAAAAACGUAUCAGCCUCAUCACACAGACACAGUUUUAUCACCUGCUUCAUGCACAUGGUUAACCAACAUCAGUGUGUCAUAAAAUAAGGAUUAGACCAAGAAAGCACACGUGCAGAUGCUUUAAUGUCUGUAAACAUUUGGUAAAACUCACUAAAAAUGCAUUUUGCUUACCGUUAAAACCUUUAUAACCCAGACAGAAGUCUUAGGAUAUGAAUUUGAUUUGAAUGAACUAUGAAUUCCUCCAGUUUCGAAUUUAGUUAACGACCGUGCCUGUGUGUGUUGGCGCGAGCAUGAACACGAGAUAAGACAAGGGAAAUUUCUAGCCAGCAAUAAAGAGAAAUGGCAGAAAUAAACAUGGGGCGAAGAGGAAGCGAGGGAGCAAUCCAAUAAAACUGAGAAACAAAAGGAAGUGAGCUGAGAAUAAAGCCACUUAUCACAGCAACAAUAUAAGAACUCCAGCUGGUGCAGCCAUAUGUCUCAUGAGAAAACAUAUUCUCUGUACAGUACAUGCCACAUACUGUCUUUGUUUUGUUUUUUCCCUUUUUUCGCAUGCUUGUCCAUUUUUCACAACACAGCACAUCUUCUGCUCACCCCGCAGUUCUCACAUACAGAGGGUUUAUAUAUGAGAGGGUUUCAUAUAGGCUGUACAAGACAUGCAGUACUGUAGCAUACAGCGUUCUCUUUCAGCAGAGUGUGAUGUUCUGUGGCUUUAUCUCUAAUGUCCGCAUCCCACAAAUUUACUGUACCUUGUUACCGUUUUUAAUUUGAAAUGCAAAUGUAAUCAAUAAAGCAUACUGUGU